AUGGAAAUUUCACUUUUGUCUUCAUUUAUUUCUUUUCUCAUUUGUUAUAAACUUUUUUUCUAUUGUACUUUUUUUUUUCCUUUCUUUCCUUCCUUUAAAAUCAAUAACAUUUUUUUUAUUUUACUGUUAUUUCUUUUUUUACUUAACUCUUUUUGUUGUUCUAUUUUUCACUGCCUUGUUUAUAAUUCUUGUUUCUUAUUUUUUAAUUCGGUCACUCAUAGUUUCUUUGUUUUAUUUUUCUUCUCUUUUUGUUUCACCUACCCUCUCUUUCUUCACCUCUUCAUCUACUUUAUAAUUUCUACGUACCUCAGUCUGUUAGUUACCUCCCCACGUACCUCGGUCUGUUGGUACUACCUACCUCCCUCCCCGUACCUCGGUCUGUUGGUACCUACCUACCUACCUCCCUACGUACCUCGGUCUGUUGGUACCUACCUACCUACCUCCCUACGUACCUCGGUCUGUCGGUACCUACCUACCUACCUCCCUACGUACCUCGGUCUGUCGGUACCCUACCUACCUCCCCUCGCACUCGGUCUGUCGGUACCUACUUACCUACCUCCCUACGUACCUCGGUCUGUCGGUACCUACCUACCUACCUCCCUACGUACCUCGGUCUGUUGGCACCUACCUAUCUCUGUUCAUAUCUUUGCCAGUUCUUUAAUAUCUAUUUUGGUCUUUCCAUGA